AUGGGUGGACAUCAGAAAACAAUUGACUGUAUUACAUCACAGUUUUAUUGGCCGAACUCGCAUGUAGAUGUAAAACAUUAUUGCCAAUCGUGUGAUGUGUGUCGACGCACAAUUCCUAAAGGCAUGGUUGGAAAAGUACCGCUGGCAAAAAUGCCAUUGAUUGGCAUCCCAUUACUCAGGGUAGGAGUAGAUCUUGUGGGUCCCAUUAAAUCUCAUAAUCCUUGCAAAUUCCAAUAUAUUUUGGUGCUGGUAGAUUAUGCCACACGAUAUCCUGAAGCAACACCUCUUAAGAAUAUCCGGGCGGUUACCCUAGCGGAGUCCCUUGUGGUUAUUUUUAGUAGAGUAGGAAUACCAAGGGAGAUCCUUUCCGACUUGGGAACUCAAUUCAUCUCAGAGGUCAUGGCCGAGGUCACACGACUGUUAAGUAUUCGCAGGUUAACCACUACUCCAUACCAUCCACAAUGCAAUGGGCUUACAGACAAGUUCAAUGGCACUCUUAAACGUAUGCUUGUGCGUAUGUGUGAAGAACAACCCAGUGAUUGGGAUCGGUUUAUAAACCCUUUGCUUUUUGCAUAUCGAGAAGCAACCCAAGCCAGCUUGGGUAUUUCACCCUUUGAAUUGUUGCAUGAUCGAACUGUGAGAGGCCCUAUGGAAAUACUGAGUGAACUUUGGACAGAGGAAAAUGUAAACUCUGAGGAUAAGCUCACCUAUCAGUAUGUCUUAGAUUUGAGAAAUCGCCUUGACAAAACUUCAAAAAUUUAG